AUGCUCUAAAAAUGUUGGCAAAUAAUAUCUUCCGUGUCUCAAAUAUCUACAAAAGGCUUUACACAUUAAGCACAAAGCAGCCUGUAGCAUCCACAAUCGAUUUAUACAGCAAUGUCUUUUUCACGCAAUCUAGAAACACAAGUUUUUUCAACAAAUUACCGGCGGAGUUCCUGUGGAAAGGAUGCACUUCUGUCAGUAAUGCCGGCAAGAAACGAGGACGUGGUAAAACAGUUAACAAAAAGAAUAUAAAAAACCUGAACAGGGGGCAAAUAAUAGGUGUGGGGAAAGGUAAUAUGAUCUGGCCUGGUUUGUCAGCCCCUAUCAUCCGUGGACGUGAACUUGUGCAACAACAAAAGCUUCCUGAAGAUCCUGACCGUGAUAAUAAACUAGCUAAACUCCGAGAUGAGCACCAAAGUUUUCGUUCUAUCAAAUUGAGUCCCAUCGAAAGAGGUUGGUCAGGUGCAAGGCUUCCGGGUAGAAGUGUAGGGCCUCCAGAUGCUGUAGGCGAAGACGCUUUUGAGAACUUUGAUACCAAAGUUUUAGAAAUGAAGCAAGUUUUUCACAUGUCUGGUACACUUGGGCGUAAACGUUGCCAAUCCAUUUUUGUGGUGACAGGUAACGGACAAGGUUUGGCCGGUUUUGGUUUAGGUAAAGCUGCUGACACGAGAGCAGCUUUGCGCAGGGCUAAAAACAGAGCUGGACAAAAACUUAUGUAUUUUGAAUUAUACAAAAAUCAUACUAUAUUCCAUGAUUUUUUCACGUGCUUUGGUAAAACCAAAAUAUUUGUUACCAAAAAGGCUGAAGGCCAUGGUUUGGUAUGUCACCGUGCCAUCAAAUCAAUUUGUGAAGUCAUUGGAAUAAAAGACUUACAUGCUAAAGUUGAAGGCUCCACAAACUUACAAAACAUUGUCAAAGCCUUCUUCUUAGGCUUACUGCAACAAAAAAGCCACCAAGUAAUCGCUGAAGAAAAGCGAUUACAUUUAGUAGAAUUUUCUAAAGGCAACAAUGAGUUUCCUGUCGUAGUAGCCUCUCCUAAAAAUCCUAGGUCUGCAGAAGAAAUUAGUCGUGAUGAAGUUAUAGAUUAUAAUAGGUAUAUUAUGAAUGAUAAAGUUGUUUUGAAAAAGAAAAAAUAUCCACCGUUCUACGCUAGUAUGCCGUCUCAUACUUUAUAUUUGAAGAAAUGUGAGAAGAGGAGGAACCACGAUCUGGUUAGGCUAAAUAUGUUGGUGGAGCAUGGUGAAUUAAAGAGUUUUAUGACGGAUAAGUACCCUGAGUGCAGGCCUGGUUAUGCAAAGAAGGAAGAAUAAUGGAUAAUUGUAAAUAAUUUGUUAAAGUAAUGCAAAAUAAUAUAAAUAUAAAGUCAUUUUUAUA